CUCUCUCGUCUCCGUUUACAUCUCCGUCGUUUGACUCUCUCUCUCUACACCUGUCUCUUUGUCUUUCUCUCUCUUCACCACUCUUUCUUAUCUUUCUUCUCUUAACAUACCUCAUCAUCAUAUAUGUGAUCUCUUUCAUUUUUCUUCCUUUCUUUCACAUACAUACUCAUACAACAACUCUUCAUUCACCUUAACCGACAAACAAAUCAAUCUAAUCUCUAAUUAAUUAUUAUGAGGCGGCAUAAAAGGUUCCUUAUUUUGUGUUUCUCGAAGAUUACUGUUACUUUUUAAGAGUCUUUCUCUCUGGAUUUGGUUUUUCAAUCACUCCUAUUCUAUAGAUAUAUAUUCAUAUUUCAGAGAGAGAGAGAGAAACAACAGACAGACAUGACUGGAAGUAAUGAAGUCAACCUCAAUGAAUCUAAGAGUGUUGUUCCUCUCAAUACUUGGGUGCUUAUCUCAAAUUUCAAGCUUGCUUACAAUCUACUAAGACGUGCUGAUGGAACAUUCAAUAGAGAGUUGGCCGAGUUCCUCGACCGCAAGGUCCCCGCCAAUACGAUUCCUGUUGAUGGUGUAUUCUCUUUCGAUCAUGUCGAUCGAAAUACCGGACUCUUCAAUAGGGUUUAUCAACCUGCUUCUGAGAAUGUUACUAGUUGGGGCAUUAUAGAGCUGGAAAAGCCCUUCAGCACCACAGAGAUUGUCCCUGUCAUAAUUUUCUUUCAUGGAGGAAGCUUUUCACAUUCCUCAGCUAAUAGUGCUAUCUAUGACACUUUCUGCCGUCGCCUUGUGAGUAUGUGUAAGGCUAUUGUGGUUUCUGUAAACUACCGGCGAUCGCCCGAGCAUCGUUUUCCAUGUGCUUAUGAAGAUGGGUGGGCUGCUCUUAAGUGGGUUAAGUCAAGGACAUGGCUUCAAAGUGGAAAGGAUUCUAAGGUUUAUGUUUACAUGGCUGGGGAUAGUUCUGGCGGUAACAUUGCUCAUCAUGUUGCAGCGAGGGCUGCCGAGGAAGAUGUCGAGAUACUAGGUAAUAUUCUUCUCCAUCCACUCUUUGGUGGGGAGAAGCGUACCGAGUCAGAGAAGAAGUUGGAUGGGAAGUAUUUUGUUCGGUUACAAGACCGCGAUUGGUAUUGGAGAGCUUUUCUUCCCGAAGGCGAAGAUAGAGACCAUCCAGCUUGUAAUCCAUUCGGCCCUAAAGGUAAAAGCCUCGCAGGACUCAAAUUCGCCAAAAGCCUUGUUUGUGUGGCUGGUUUGGAUCUUCUCCAAGAUUGGCAAUUGGAAUAUGUGGAAAGUCUAAAAAAUUCAGGACAAGAUGUUAAACUUCUUUACCUAAAGGAAGCCACUAUUGGUUUCUACUUCUUGCCUAACAAUGAUCAUUUCUAUUGCCUCAUGAAUGAGAUAAACACCUUCGUCCAUGCAUCCUAAUUGUUGAUAUAUAUAUAUAUAUAUACUACCACUACUUAACCUUUGCCUACACAAGGCCAUACAUGACUAAAAAGCCUGACUUUCACUUCUGUUAUCUUUUUUUUUUUUAUUAUCUAUUUUUGUAAUUUUUUUAUCUCCCUACUUUAUAGUGGUGGUGUGUAGUUAUUAUAAAAUUAUGUAGCAUUUUACUCACUGUUUUAACAUCUAUGGUGGAAAAUAUGAGCUUUCUGUAACUGGUGAACUACUGGUGGCUGGUUUCUGCCUGUGUUGUUUGAAGGGUAGCGCCGGUUUCAUCGUCUGAGGUACCGGAGUUCAAUCCAUAUACAAAGCUUGCCCCUUUUUACUUGUUCAACCUCAAAAGCAGGAGAGGGGAGAUACAAGAUAGGGCUUUGCUGAUCAAUUUGAUUAAGUGAGUGUCUUUAUGUUGUAUAACUACUAGUAUUGAGAGUGGGAACUGAACUAUAGUAGAGUAUAUAUAUCUCAUCCUGUUAUGAACUUGUAUGUUUAUAUAGUUAAUAUAAAUGUCUUGUUUGUUUGUUUUUAAGCUAGCUAUAGUGUUGUUCUCUGUUGUUGCAUCCUGCAAUUUUCAAUUUCUUGACACAAAAGUUACCAAUGUAUUUGGCUUUAUUUAUUGAGGCAUUCAAGUUAUAGAGAA